CAGCUUCGUCUUUGAUUCUCACUUCACAACGGCACAAUGGAAGGUGUGGUAACAUCAGGAUUGUUCUCUCAGCUCGUGAAGCUCUGCUUCUAUCUAUUGGCACUUCGGGGUCUAGUUGUAUAUACAUACCGAUGGCUUAUAAGCCCUCUCUCGCACAUCCCCGGGCCUUUCCCGGCAAAGUUCAGUGAUUGGUAUGGCGCAUACUACAGCGCCCUGGGUAGCCUCCAUCUGCGGACUCUCGAAGCCCAUGAGCGCUAUGGCUCUGUUGUUCGAAUCGGACCCAAUAAAAUCUCUUUCAACACUAUUAGCGCGUUGCACACAAUAUACUCUGCUAGAACUCUGCAGAAAACCGAAGGCUAUGUGGCCAUGCUUCCAUCCCCACGGGUGUAUAACGUUCACAACGUAAUUGACAAAGACGUCCACCGAUUCAAACGGAAGAUUAUAAACCAAGGACUCUCCGAGCAAAGGAUGCGUGACUUCGAACCUGCCAUGAAUAAUCAAAUAGACAUAUUCAUCCAGAACAUCAGGAGAGCCUGCAAGGAGUCGGAAGAUGAGUGGUCGGAACCCAUAAACAUGACUACUCCCUGCAAAUACCUGGGUUACGAUAUCAUGGGACAGUUUGGAUUCGGGCAAUCAUUCCAGCUGCAGAUCAAGCCAGAUAACCGCUUCUUAGUCGAGUCGAUCAAUCUUUCUGCAAUUCUCCUAGGUGUUUAUUUUCAGUUCGCCGAUUUGGUGAAAGCGCGGCUACAUGUCGUCUUUGCAUCCCGCGCCUUGAAACUCCGGAAGGAAUUGCAAGCGUUGAUGGAAAGGAUCGUCUCUGAGCGAGUCACGGCUGAGAAACAUUCACAGCAUGACCUUUUCUCCUUUGUCAUCGAUGCCAAAGAUCCGGAGUCAGGCCGAGGAUUUUCAUUCACAGAGCUUUGGGCUGAGGGAAGGCUGCUUUUGAUUGCCGGCUCUGAUACAUCAUCCACUACCAUUACGUCCUUAUUUUUCUAUUUAUCGAGGUAUCCAGAGUGCUACAAGAAGCUGGCAUCUGAGAUUCGUGGUUCAUUCGACCAUGCGAGCGACAUCCACUCUAGUAUGCAAAUGGUGGAGUGUAUUUACCUUCGAGCAUGCAUAGACGAAACGCUACGUAUGUCCCCACCUGUGGGUGGUACCAUGUGGCGAAAAGCUUGCCCAGGAAGCGGGGGAAUAGUCAUUGAUGGCCAAUGUAUCCCCGAAGGCGUCGAAUUAGGUUGCUCGGCGUACGCACUCCACCACAACGAGGAAUAUUUCCCGGAUUCCUUUACAUUCAAGCCAGAGCGAUGGAUCGUAUCUACAGAUACUUCGAAAGAAAGCGUAGAUCUAGCAAGGCGAGCUUUUGCACCUUUCUCAUUAGGAACGAGAGGCUGUGCAGGAAGAACGAUGGCGUAUAUGGAGACGAGCAAUGUGAUCGCGAAGACGAUAUGGUACUUCGAUUUCACUGUGGCAGGCGGUCAUUUUGGUACGAUUGGCGAGGGGAGUUCCGACGGGCCAGAGGGGAGGAAGCGAAUGAAGGAGUUCCAGCUUGAGGAUCAUUUUACGAGUACUCAUGAGGGACCGUAUCUGCAAUUCAAGCUCCGCAAGGAAGUCGCGGAUCAGCUACCAAGAUAAUAACUUGGUCAACAUCUAAGGUUGGGAAAUGUAAGGCAUUUCGUGCUUGCAUUCUAUGUUGGACUAAGCAGAAAUACAGAUGAUUCUGGA